AUGGAGAGCGGAGAGCGGAUGUCUGAGCCAGUGGAGAAGGUCUCUCCGACCUCCUCGCAGGCCGUAGACGAGGAACGCUUCGUGGACCUGGACCGCGAGCUGAGGAGAAGAGCGAAGCGAAAGGCGGCCGAGGAGCUCGAGGCCAGUGAGGAUGAGGAUGAGUCCGAUGCCACUGGAGAUGAGGAGGUCGAGCGCCGUCGCAAGCUCGCGGGACGGACGGACGUCCUAGGCCUGGAUGGUGUGGCGCUUUUCUGCCUGGUCUGGGUCAUCACCACUGGAGUCCUCUUUUCUCUCCUCUACUUCAGCAUCUUUGCCCGUGAUCGGAAUUUCUUCAAGCCACUGCAGCGCUCGCGCGUGGGGAAGUUCUUCCAUGGAGGCAUUGCGGGUGUCCUGGAGCUCUGA